AUGGCCAAUGCAGGCACACGCGAUUCGGCAGGCACCCACACGCCCCGCGACACGCCCGCCGCGGCGGCCGCGGACGAGGAGCGGCGGGCCUCCAACGCCCGCUGGCUCAUGCUUUCGCUGUCCGUGGUGAACGAGCGGCUGCUGCAGUCCCUGCGGGUUGCAAACGCCGACGCCGGUGCCAAAAGUCGCCGGUCGCAGGCGCCCCUGGAGCGCCGCGCGCUGGCCGUGCGUGCCAGGAGCGCCGCGCUGGCCGGCGCGGCCCUGCUGUCUUGGGACGCAAAUGCGGCGGCCGCCGCCGGCGCCGGCGCCACGCGCGCCGCGGAGGGGUUGGCCGCGGGCGGGAUGCUGGCAGAGACGUCGGCGGCGCUUGCGGCCGCGGCGGGCGCGCCUGCUCAUGUCGCCGACGCCAUUGGAGCCCUGCGGCUCAGCGCCGCCGCGCCCGGCGGCGAUGCAGAGGCGCGCGGUACGGAGGCGGCGGGGAUUGUGGCUGCAAUCGAUUACUCCACGUUCUUGGACGAGUGA